CCUUGGGCACUGACCCGUGAAAGAAGGCACAAAUGUGUGAUUAACACUGACAGACCUCCUGUGGGCUUACAUCCAGGAGGAGCCGAGAGAGGCGUUGUGCUGCCCAGCUGAUGGCCGUCUGACCCCUGUCUUCCCACAGAGAGAGGCCCUGGAAACAUGGGUGACUGGGGCUUCCUGGAGAAGCUGCUAGACCAGGUCCAGGAGCACUCGACUGUGGUGGGCAAGAUCUGGCUGACCGUGCUCUUCAUCUUCCGCAUCCUGAUCCUGGGCCUCGCUGGCGAGUCGGUGUGGGGCGAUGAGCAGUCUGAUUUUGAGUGUAACACGGCCCAGCCAGGCUGCACCAACGUCUGCUAUGACCAGGCUUUCCCCAUCUCCCACAUCCGAUACUGGGUGCUGCAGUUCCUCUUCGUCAGCACGCCCACCCUGAUCUACCUGGGCCACGUCAUUUACCUGUCUCGGCGGGAAGAGCGAUUGCGGCAGAAAGAGGGAGAGCUCCGGGCGCUGCCGUCCAAGGACCUGCAAGUGGAGCGGGCACUGGCUGCCAUAGAACACCAGAUGGCCAAGAUCUCGGUGGCAGAAGACGGUCGUCUUCGGAUUCGUGGGGCGCUCAUGGGUACCUAUGUGGUCAGUGUGCUGUGCAAAAGCGUGCUGGAGGCGGGCUUCCUCUACGGCCAGUGGCGCCUCUACGGCUGGACCAUGGAGCCCGUGUUUGUGUGCCAGCGUGCCCCCUGCCCCCACCUCGUGAACUGCUAUGUCUCACGACCCACAGAGAAGACCAUCUUCAUCAUCUUCAUGCUGGUGGUGGGAGUCAUUUCCCUGGUGCUCAACCUGCUGGAGCUGGCACACCUACUGUGUCGGUGUGUCGGCCGGGGGAUAAAGGCACGCAAGGACCACGACACACCCCCAGCCCAGGGUGGCGCUUCAGACCCUUACCCUGAACAGGUUUUUUUCUACCUCCCCAUGGGCGAGGGACCCUCGUCCCCACCGUGUCCCACCUACAAUGGGCUCUCAUCCACCGAGCAAAACUGGGCCAACUUGACCACCGAGGAGAGGCUGACCUCUUCCAGGCCUCCUCCCUUCGAAAAUCCAGCCCCUCAGGGUGGCCGGAAGCCCCCUAGUCGUCCCAACAGCUCUGCAUCUAAGAAGCAGUAUGUGUAGGGGUCUGGGGUUUGUGUCACUCAGCAGAGAGGUCCUGAGAAGUGUGUCCACCUUGGACGCCUCUCCGGUGGCCCCUCCUCAAAGGCACUUGGGAGACAACUGGGGCAGAGAGGUGGACACUAGCUGGGCAGAGGACCUGACUAUGGGUGGUUCUGGAAUAAUUGGAGCCUCUGUGAUGACCAGGGGACACUGUGGCUUCUUUCCAGAAUGUGAUUCUGCCCAGACGCAGUCCCAGCAGGUGGGGGGUGCUCCUGGCUCAGGGUGAUCGGGGGCCCUCUGAACCUUUUCACCUGAUCCAGAGGGACUCAAAGCCAACUGGACUUGUUGGGACCCCCCAUCAGACUGGACCCUGGGUUUUCAUCACACCCUGUCCUCCUGGGGAAAGGCUGAUGCAGGCUGCUGGCUCGGCUUCAUCACCUGGACAGACACGGCCUGCGCUGGAUCUGGCCCUUUCUGGGGGAACCGGUUGGUGUCUUCUUUCUGUCGCUCCUCGUCACACUGUUUAUAUUUCUAAAAUAAACGGGACUCAAUCAUAA